UAAAGACGAUCCAAAAUCUCUAAUAGCGCCUUGUAAAUGCAAGGGAAGUGUCAAAUAUGUGCACUCAAGUUGUUUGACUCAAUGGAGAAAUCGACUUCUGAAAAUCCGUACAAGUAAAAAUUUUGAUCGAUGUACUUCAUGUAAAUUUGAAUAUAUAGUAAGGAAAAAGAAAACUGUCAGAAAUAUUUUGAACCGUGGAGAUGUAAGAAUUACAAUAACAUGUGGGAUAGUUAUUUUGCUACUUAUUCCUAGUGGUUAUAUGAUGAAGUUCAUCAUAAUGCUUACAUCAGCAAUGUACUCGGAUGAUGAAAUUGUAACGCCCGAGAUGAUCUCAGACACUAUAUCCAAAGCAUCUUCCUCAAUAUGGACGUUUUCAUCGUUCAAUCUUCCAUUUUGUGCUAAUCUGACACCAUCUGAUAUUAAUCUUCAUAAUGAAAUAGUAUUAACUUCAGUUCCGUUAUUGUUAAUCAAGCUAUUUCCAACAAUACUUGAUACUGAGUUUUGGUUUAGUGUUCUUUGUCGGCCUGAAAUACAGCACCUUCAUCUCGGUGUAUUUUUUCUUGGUAGUGUUAGUAACAUUUAUACAGCUUACACCCUUAUUAAUGAACUGUUCGAUAUGUUCACGGAAGAUAGACGUGAGGUUAGACAUGCUGUGUUAAUCGGUGUUUGUUUUAUGGUUAUCACAUUUUGGUUUCAUUAUACCGUGACGGCCUUUAGAGUUUCUACUACUCAGGAAUUUUUACAAGAAUUACCUGUAUGGGUAUUACGAUGGAUUACAAUCAGUUUGGCACUUUUUGAUUUUGGCUUUAGAAGAAUAUUUUUUCAUCUUAGCAAAGCUAAUUUUGAUGAUGUGGAAAUUAUGUCCAUACAAGAUGUGGACUUUUAA